GUUUAAAAUAUUAUAUUUUUAUGUAAGUUAUCAUUUCAUUAAAUAAGAGCUCUGUUAUUUUGUUGAAAAGAAUCAAUUAGAUUAGAUUCAGAUUUUAAACAAAUAAUAUUAUGAGUAAUCUAAACAGAAAAAAUUUAGAGCAAAUUACUCAAUACUCAAAAACUUAAAAAGGUUUUAGCUUAAUCUUUCGUUGAACAUCUAAAAGCAGUGAUGCAAUUACUAGCUCAAUAAUAUAUAUUAUCCAUAUAUUUGUCGGAUAAUUAAUGUUUUUCCGUCCUUUCAAUGUUUGCUCAUAAAUAUAUAAUAUUCCGAAUAGUAUAAAAAUAUAUGUUAUGAAAGUCCUAAGAACAUCCUUAGAACUAUUACAAUAACAGUGUACUGCACGAUCUCAAAAAUUUAAGGAAUACGAGUCAGCAUAGUUCAAAUAAGGAUGGGUGAUUGAUUUGGAUCAAGGAACAUUUUUUUAAAAGCAUGAGGAGAUACAUAGAAAUUCACACUCUGAGAUCUGCAAAGCUAUAGGAAGGGUAAUAACAGACAAAUCAUUCUGGGAUACAUAUCCUAGCUUGGAAAAAUGGAUAGAAUCACGUAAACAAAUUUUACAUCAAACACGCUCUAUUCUGUCACGUGGCAUACAACGAUACGAAAUGGAGAUGAUAUUGUGCGCAAAAACGUGUAGUGUGUGUUUCCGACAGGCAAACAUAAGGCACUGCAACACUUGCCAUUCAGCCAAUUUUUGUCAUGAUGACCAAAUGUUAUUUGAAGUGUUGCAUAAGAAGUGCUGCUAUGAGUUGUUGCUAUUACUGAAGAUGAAUAUCGCCCGUAUAAACGGCUAUAUGGAAGAGACUUUAUUUCGAGACAAAUAUAAGUUCAGCACAUUUCCUGAUGCGAAACCUUAUAAUGAUACUUUUACACUUAUUAACAACUAUGUACCCAGUAAUAUUCCUGCUCAUAGCUUAAGAUUAGAAACUUCUAUCCCAGUAUUCUCCUGGUCCUUAGAUCAAUGUAUAUAUUCAGAUUAUGUAUCCGGCCCACUGACGUUAUACAAUGCGUUGCAGGAAUCAAAUUUAAUAUCUCUUUCAAAGAAGAAAUUUAAAUAUAUCAUUCAUGUUAUAGAUGUAAACAAAACAGAUAUAACAUAUUUGAAAACGUGGCAUAUUUUCUUACAUUUAUAUAGAAAAAUAAGGGAACUGUAUAUUGUGUUUAUAAAUUCGUUAAAUUUUGAAUCGAGCGAUUUAGGCUUUGUGUGUAGUUCGUGCAAAAAUCAUAAACAGAAACUUUAUAUUAGAAGCGUAUUAGAACCGUAUCACGAUUUUGUACGCUUAGAUUCAUAUGAAAAACCGAAUGUAAUCGUACUGUUUGAAAUAGAAUGGCUUUUCAUAGAAAUAUGGUCUAAAUCUUUAGAAGCAAUGAUAGCACAAGAGUGUCCGUUAUUUUUAACCACUGUUUCGGAAAAUACAGUGCAGGAAUGUAUAAACAAGAUACAAGAACAAACGGGUACAACCAGAAAUCGAUUAGUCAAAGAAAAUAAAUUCCGCGGUUAUAUGCCACAUAGAAAUUAUAUGACUGGUGGAUUUUAUUACCGAAAUGCGCAUUUCAUUAUAUAUUCAUAAAUUUAAAUCACAUGAUCGACCCAGUCAACGGCUGAAUGUUAUGUAUUCUUUGAUCUUAUUUUUAUUUUGGUAUAGUUAAUGAUACUCAAUUUUUAAUAAUAUUCGAGAAUAAAUUGGAAAUUUUUUACUGAGGCAUAUAUUUAGUCAUAAAUUAAUAGUAUUUUUGUUAAAAUAUAUUUUCUCAUUUAUCAGUAUAUAAUUUAUUAGUAUAUAGUAUAUUAGUAUAUAGUUUUUCAUUUUUUAAAAAUAUGUAAAAUAUAUUGUAUAUGA